AUGCCGGGAGCCAAGCUCCGAGCAGCGGGCCCCCCGCAGACCGGGGGGCCUAGGGGCCCGGAGCGGCCGCAGGGGCGGCGGCAGCAGCUGCUGGGGAAGCAGCCGGCGCCGAGGCCCAGGCCGCGCAGCCAAGAAAAGAAGAAAGUGAAUUGCAAGCCCAAGAACCAGGAUGAACAGGAAAUCCCUUUCCGCCUCCGGGAGAUCAUGAGGAGCCGCCAGGAGAUGAAAAACCCUGUCAGUAACAAGAAGAGGAAGAAAGAGGCCCAGGCGGCCUUCAGAAGGACGCUGGAGAAGGAGGCCAGGGGAGUGGGCCCAGACAUCCCCGUCCCCAAGUUCAAGCGGAGGAAGUGGGAGUCUGACGGGGCCUACAUCCAGCGCAUGGAGCAGGAGGCCCAGCACGUGCUGUUUCUCAGCAAAAACCAGGCCGACCAGCAGCCCGAGGCGGAGGUGGCUCCCAAGAAGAAGUCGGAGGGGAAGAAAGCGUUCCAGCAGCGGCGGCGGGACCGGGUCCGGAGGAAGAGGGAGGAAAAGGCCGCGGAGAGGCUGGAGCGGGAGCUGCUCCGAGACACGGUGAAGUUUGGUGAGGUCGCCCUGCAGCCCCCCGAGCUGACCGCCCAGCCCAGGAAGAGCGGGAGCACGGGUCAGCCUGGCAAGAAGUCGCUGAUGCUGGCGAGGCUUCUGGGCCCCGGCGGUGUGGCCCGGCCUCCGCCCGCCUCCAUGGCCCGGCAGCGGAUUGUGGCGGAGGAGAGAGCGCGGGCGGUGCAGGCCUACCGGGCGGUGAAGGCGCAGCGGCAGGCGCAGGGGCCUCCGUCAGCCCCCCUCCCGCCCAGGAAGAAGCCAGAGACCCGCCUUUGA